AUGGCACAGAAUAAAGUUCAAUAUUGUGUAUUAUCAUUCACAGCCACUGGUACAUGUAAAAGUUAUGAUGAGUUGAAGCAAUGGUGUCUUGAUGAUGAUAUUUAUCAAAAAUUGUACCCAGCAAUUGCAAAUAACAUAUUGUUAGAAGGUUUAACAGAAUUCGUCCAAAAUGAAAAUAAUAACCCAGAAAAGUCUGGUAUUGCAAAUUCAACAAUAUAUAGAAAACCAAAUGGACGUAAAAUCGAUUCUUCAAGAAAUUAUAAAUUGGUACGUGAUGCUGAUGAUCUUAAUAUAUUUCAUUUAUAUGUUGAAAUUACAAAAGGACAAAAUCGUGGUAACAAUAUAGAUCAUUUUAAAAUGCUAACAAAUUCGAUGGAAUGUGAGUUUUUAUUAAAGGUGGCUUUAGAGAAGAUGCGUGAUUCUGGUAUUAAUAGUACUGCCAAAGACUUAAAAGAUGCAGCUGAUAAAGAAAAUUUGUUUGUUGCUAGAGAACGUUGUGAAUUUAUUAAUCGUUGUGUACUUGCAAAUAUUGCUAUUACAACGGCAACGACACCUAUAUUAUACGAUGUAACGAAAUUUGGUAAUGAUAGCAAACAAAAACCAAAACAACAACAAACGACAAAAAGAACAAAGAAACCUGUUGUUUCUACGUCAAAAUGUUUAACAAAGUCGUCUGAUAGUGAAGAAGAUGACUACACUGAAUCGGCUUCAAAAUUAAUGGUUAAGAAUAAUCGAUUAACACCGAAAUUAGAUCGUCUACGACCGAGAACAGUUGGUGUAGGUGCCAAAGAAUUGGCUGGUAAUUCUCAUAAACCUUCAAACAGCAGCUCAUCGGAUGGAAAAAAACGACAACAAGAUGAAAAAGAUGAUGACAAUAUGAAACAAAUCCUAAAGAAGAAACAAAAGACAUGCAGAAAAAAAAAUUAG